CAAAAAGGAAAACAAAAUCCAAACCCAAUAAAAAGGACAAAAAGAUCAACGAGUUUAUUUUAUUUAUUUAUUUAUUUUUGAAAAUUAAAAAAAAAUAUAUUGCAAAUCCAAAUCCAAGUAAUAGAAGAAAAACCUAGUUAGGAGACGAACUAGGAAAGUGUUUCUUCGUUGUUUCGCUCUAUCUUCACCCCAAAUAUCGAUUCGCUAUUUCUCUCUCUCUUUUUCAUGUCUUCUUUCUUUGUAUUUCUUUUUCCUUCUACUCCUUCAGGGUAUCCAAAAACCCUAGCUUUCCAUUCUUUUUCCUUACUCAUACGCCCUUUUCCUUCUCACUUUUCUUCAACUCAUAACUCUCGCUUCGGCUUUGCUUUCUUUUCUCAAGCUAGUUUCUGCGCACAACAUGAGUGAUUCUAAGUUGUUUGUAUUUGGGUCAUUUACUGAAGAUGAGACCAAGUCAUUGCUGGUCAAGCAUGCAUCCAGGGAUUCUAAGAAGCCUGCGGAGAAGAAAGUAUUGCAAUUUGGCUCUUUAAAUUUCGUUGCUGAAAAAUCUUUGGAUAGUUUUGAAGGUCAAUCAAGCACAAAGCAGAAUAAUUUGGAAGGAAAGACUCAAUUUCAAUCUUCAGAUUUUCUGACGAAGAACAAUGAAGUGAAAUGUGUGAAAACAGCAGAUGAUAAUUCAUCUGGUGCAUUUGCAUCUCCAAAAGAGAAUGGAUAUGUCAGUGACUCAACCCAUGUCUCCCCUGGUUGUAAUGGUGUGAAAGAGGCUGUAACAGAUACUGUGGAUCUAACAUCAUCCUUAGAAUUCCAGAAGAAUGAUGGAUUGUUGAAUAAAUUUUCUCAUCUGGAAUUACACCAUGAAGAGCAAAACGGUAGUGUUGAUAAUUUAUCGGUAUCUUUGUCUGAUGAAGAACUGAGGAAGGCAUCAAAUGGGCCGGUCAAAGUUUGUAAAAACUUACUACCACGUGGAUUAGUAAACUCGGGGAAUUUGUGCUUUCUCAAUGCAACUCUGCAGGCUCUGCUAUCCUGUUCUCCUUUUGUGCAGCUUCUGCAGGAGAUACAAACUCAGAACAUCCCCAAGGUUGGCUAUCCGACUUUGACUGCAUUUGUGGAGUUUGUCUCUGAAUUUGAAAUGCCACUUGGUGGAAACUCAAAGAAGACAGAGACCAAUAUUCUUGAUGUUGGUAUGCCUUUUCGCCCUGCCAUGUUUGAAGCAGUUCUAAAAAAGUUUACUCCAGACGUUCCAAGUAGUAUCUCAGGCAGGCCAAGACAGGAAGAUGCUCAAGAGUUUUUAAGCUUCAUUAUGGAUCAAAUGCAUGAUGAGUUACUUAAGCAUGAAGGACAAUCCUCAAGCAUUCGUGGCAGUAAAUCAUCUCUAGUUUCUUCAGCAGAAGAUGAUGAAUGGGAGACAGUUGGUCGAAGGAACAGAUCUGCAGUGACAAGGACACAAAGUUUUGUUCCCUCAGAACUAAGUGCUAUAUUUGGAGGACAACUGAGAAGUUUGGUGAAGGCAAGAGGAACUAAGGCUUCUGCUACUGUUCAACCAUUUUUAUUGCUCCAUCUUGAUAUUUACCCUCAAGCUGUAUGCACCAUAGAGGAUGCACUUAAGUUGUUUUCUGCACCAGAGACUCUUGAAGGGUAUCGGACAUCAGCAACUGGGAAGGCUGGUAUUGUAGCAGCUAGUAAAUCAAUCAAAAUCCAGUCCCUUUCGAAGAUCAUGAUACUGCACUUGAUGCGUUUUAGUUAUGGAAGCCAAGGAAGCACUAAGCUGCAUAAGCCUGUCCAUUUUCCUCUUGAAUUUGUACUGGGCCGUGAGUUGCUUGUUUCUCCAUCUGCUGAGGGUCGUAGAUAUGAACUUGUUGCUACAAUAACUCACCAUGGGAGAGAGCCUUCAAAAGGGCAUUAUACUGCUGAUGCACGCUAUAAGAAUGGCCAGUGGUUACGGUUUGAUGAUGCAUCUGUCACUGCAAUUAGCGCUAGUAAGGUGUUACAUGACCAAGCAUAUGUCCUCUUCUAUAAACAAUUAUAGGAGGUCAGCUACGGAGUCUUGUCCACGAGCUGUCUCAUAACUGUUUAACACUAUUAGUCAAGCCAACCACUGGUCCCUAGCCUUUUUCUGAACGUUGUUAAUUCCAUCUGAUGGUGGCAAUGGCUUCAGCAAUUCAUUGUCUUCAAUAUUUGAUGCACCAUUUUUGUAACCUUGUAAUAUAAGUUAUUGAUGUAUAAUCAAGUUUAGCUAAUGCUUCAUGUCUAUACGACCAAAUCUGGUCUGGGUUGCUGUAUUCCUACAUACCAUGUAAGGUGUUAUAUUAGUUUUCCUUGUAAAACUGUUUAUAAUAUCAUUUUUGGUUGAGAUUUUCAUGUUUA